CACCGAGCGCUCUGAGCGGGAAACGCAAAAAUGGCGCCAGACCGAGCGGCCUGCGCCGCGGCCUGAGCAGAAAGCGGAGCCCGGAGCGGGAGCCCCGGCAGCCCGUUCGUCCAUGGAGGACGUCGAGAGCCGCUUCGCCCACCUCCUGCAGCCCAUCCGCGACCUCACCAAGAACUGGGAGGUGGACGUGGCGGCGCAGCUGGGCGAGUACCUGGAGGAGCUGGACCAGAUCUGCAUUUCUUUUGAUGAAGGCAAAACCACCAUGAACUUCAUAGAGGCUGCACUGCUGAUCCAAGGGUCUGCCUGUGUCUAUAGUAAGAAGGUGGAGUACCUCUACUCGCUGGUCUACCAGGCCCUGGAUUUCAUCUCUGGCAAAAAGCGGAACAAGCAGGCCACAUCUGUGCAGCCAGAGGGGCAGAGUGCCGAGGACAGCCAUGAAACUCGCCCAGAACCUGAGGAGGAGUUUCUGUCCCUGGAUGACCUCCCAGACUCCCGGGCAAACAUAGACCUGAAGAGCGACCAGUCUCCUAAUGCCGUGCCUGUCAUUCCCUUGGUGCCCAUGGCCCUGGUGCCCCCUGAUGAAGAAGAGAAGAAGAGUAACCCGCUCUACAGCCGCCGAGGGGAGGUCCUGGCCAGUCGAAAGGAUUUCAGAAUGAAUACCUCCACUCCCCACCCCAGCGGGGCCUUCCUGCUGGAGCCAGGAGGCCUGUCCCCAAUGGAGCAGAUACUGCCGAGGACCCAGCAAGAUGCCGAGAGGCCUGAGGCCAUGGACGUCUCUGUGUGCAUGUCUCCAGCCCCAGUGCUCGACUUCUCCCAGGAGGACGAUGAGAAGCCAGAGGCAGCAGUACUCGAAGGUGAGGAGGAGGCGGGGGUAGACCUGCUCCUUGACCCAGAGGCCCCUGAGGCGUCUCCAAAGCCCCCAGAGCAUGGGACCCAGCAGCAGGGUGCCCUGGAAUCGAGGAGGUACACCCUGCGGGGCAGAACCCCAGCUGCCACCCCCUGCCCAUCAUGGCACCAAAAGGAGCCCCCAGAUCCCUGGCAGAGCCUGGACCCCUUUGACUCCCUGGAGGGCAAGCCCUUCAAGAAAGGUAACCCCUACUCUUUGCCACGGCAUUUGGAGGAAACUACGUCUGGCAAACGCAAAAGGAAGCCCUCUACCAGACUCCAGGGGUUUCAUGAGUGGUACCUAGCUGCUUAUAGUGGCUGUGGUAGCUCCCAGAAACCUCGGCACAGAGGCCCCACAUUUGCAGACCUGGAAGCCCUCUACUGGAAGCGCGUCAAGGAGCAGGUGGAUGCCCUUCGGAAGCUUCGGAGGGGAGAGGUAGCAGAGCAGCAGCUGUCCAAGGCCCAGGAAGGACUGUGGGCCCUUGAAGAGGAGCGAAUGGAGGAGUCCCCGGAGCACCUGGGAGGAGGAGACAGCUUCUUGGAGCUUGAGGAUGCGGAGCCUGAGGAGCCACUGGAGGCCAUUCCAGAGCCAGAGGCCAUGGCUCCGCUGAGCUACGAGGAGCUGGUCCAGAGAAAUGUGGAAUUAUUUAUCGCCAACUCUCAGAAGUAUGUGCAUGAGACGGAGCUGUCUCAGCGCAUCAGGGAUUGGGAGGACACCAUCGGGCCCCUGCUCCAGGAACAGGAGGAACAUGUUCCUUUCGACAUCCACAAUUAUGGGGACCAAGUGGUGGCGAGCUUUCGGCAGCUCAAUGAGUGGUGUCCCUUUGCGGAUCUGGUGGCCGGCAAGCCCGCCUUCGAGGUGUGCCGCUCAAUGCUGGCCUCCCUGCAGCUGGCCAACGACUACACUGUGGAGAUUGCCCAGAAGCCAGGGCUGGCCGAGGCUGUGGACACCAUGUCUCUGAGGCUCCUCACCCGUCAGCGAGCACACGAGCGCUUCCAGACAUACACAGCCCCCUCCAUGGCCAUGCCCUGAUUGUGGGGGGCAGCUGCUUGAUAGUGUGCAUGCGUGGGUGUGUGUGUGAGGCUUAGUCUGUGACUGGGCUCCCCCUUACAGAUGGGGUUUUUCUGUUUUCUCUAAAAUUUUGUGCCUGGCCUCCCUUGGCAAUCCUGAAGCAAGAGUGGCUUUGCUUCCUGGCAGGUGCCUAGGUGAUGCCAGGGGACUUGGGGGCAUGCCCUUCCCCACCCCUGGUGACUAGAGCCUAUGGCCGCAGGGGGCAGUGUGGCCGCUCCCCGCUACCCUCAUACCUGGGCAUCUCAGCCCUAGUCCAGACCCCUACAGGCCCUUCAAGUGUGUUGUGUUUGUACAACAAAUACGUUUAUUUCCCACUCCCUUGUUGAGCGAAGUGUAGAGAAUCCUCAUCACAGAAUAAAUGUAUCUGGUGGACCAGAGAA